AUGACAUGUUGUAACUUAAUUUACGUAAUCAAUAAAAGACCAGUAACCAGUACUAUUAUUACAAAAAGAAAAAAUGUUUUGUUACUUGGUAGUGGUUUUGUCUCUAGGCCUUUAGUAGAUUACUUGGCAAGGCAAAAAGAUUUAAAUCUAAUUAUUGCAAGUAAUUCAAAAUCCGAGGCUACUUCAUUAAUAAAAAAUCAUAAAGAAAUAGACAUUGUUGAUUUGGAUGUUCAUAAUCAAGAAAAUUUGAGUAAAGUAAUUCAAGGAUCAGAUGUCGUCGUUAGUUUUAUUCCAGCAUUUUUACAUAAUAUAGUGGCAGAGACUUGUAUAAAGCACAAAAAAAACAUGGUAACAGCUAGCUAUAUAUCUCCAGCAAUGAGAGAAUUAGAUAAUAAGGCUAAACAAGCAGAAAUUAUUAUUCUCAAUGAAAUAGGAGUUGAUCCAGGAAUUGAUCAUUUAUCAGCAAUGAAAAUUAUUGAUGAAGUGAAAGCAGAGGGUGGAGAAGUAACAUCAUUCAUUUCAUGGUGUGGUGGGCUACCUACUCCGGAAUCAUCUGAAGUUCCCUUGAAAUAUAAAUUUAGUUGGUCGCCAAGAGGUGUUCUUACUGCUGCAUUAAAUGAUGCUCUAUUUUGGAUGAAUGGCAAAAAGCAUAAAAUUUUGGGUGGAGAACUAUUAAAAUAUCAUUUUCCAAAUGUGCCUAUUGACUCAAAUUUUGAAUUUGAAGGUCUCGCAAACAGGGAUUCCUUAUCAUAUAUAGAUACAUAUGGUUUAGCUCCAUUAGAAGCAAAAGAUGCAAUGCUUAGAGGUACUUUAAGAUAUAAAGGCUUUUCAGACUUGAUGUAUUCUUUUUUAAAAUUAGGAUUACUUGAAACUGAUCCAGUAAAUGUUCAGCAUAAUUCAUGGCCAGAUUUUUUUGAUUACAUACUUUUUGGUCCAUCUCUUAAAACAAAACCAACAAUGGAAUCAAGAAUAUCUAAAAUUGAAGAGAAAUUAGAUCUACCAGCAAAACAUAGUUUUGUGAUGGAAGUUGUUAAUGCUUUAAAGGAUCUUUCUUUACUACAAGAUCAGCAUCAAACAACUACUACUAACUUAAUGCAACCGCCAAAAACUGGUUCAUUGUCGCCACUCGAUACAUUUUGUAUUUUACUUCAAGAUAAGCUUAAAUAUAAUCCCGGUGAAAAAGAUUUGUUAGUUUUAUAUCACGAGUUUGAAAUAAAAUUAAAGAAUGGAAAUAAGAAAACCAAAACAUCUACGUUAAUAACCGAUGGAGUAUUUGGAUCUGAUAAAAAUUAUACAGCAAUGGCAAAAACUGUUGGAUUACCAGCUGCAAUAGCAACUGAAAUGAUUGCUAGAGUAUUGGCUCCAACUUUACCGCAAAUUUAUAAUCCAGUACUUGAAAAGUUAGAUUAUGAAGGCAUAAAAAUUAAAGAAUCCACUAUUGAAAAAGGAAUGAGAGAAAAGUUGAAAUGGAAUGGAAGUGGAAUUUGGAAAUAA